AUGCCCAACCAAUGGAAACCUACGUCACCUUUGGAUGUAAUUCAGCCACACAUCCUUCGCCUAUGGAAAGCAUGCCAGACCGAUAAGCAAAUCGUCACAGAAUUGCAAAAACAUUUCGAUACAUCGCAUUACGGUCUUGGGCUUACAAAAUUCCUCAAGAUUCGUGAAGGCAUGGGUCUUCGGAGAACGCGCCAGCAAAAUCAUAACGUCGAGACUAUCUGUGACGCUAUGACUAAUUUAUGUCCGAUGUAUCCAAAUGCUGGAGCGCGCGAAAUUGUGAGCUUACUGUUUCAUGAAUGGAACAUGAGUGUACCCAGGAGUGUUGUUAUAUCGUAUUUCCAUACAUACAAGCCAGAGCUCGUUCGCCAGCGCAAGGCCAAUCGCCUUCAAAGGAAGCAAUUUUGGGCCACAGGCGUGAAUGAUCUAUUCGCAGUUGACCAACAUGACAAGUGGCUGAGGUACGGUCUCAGCCUACAUACCGGCAUCGAGCCAUUCUCAGGGCACAUUAUGUGGAUGAGAGUUUGGCACUCUAACUGGAACCCACAGCUCAUUCUUAGUUAUUAUCUUGACACGGUCGAGAUGCUCGGGCACAUGCCUAUGGUGACCCAGAGCGACCCUGGGUCUGAAAACUAUGGAAUAGCUAAUGCCCAUACUAUGUUACGUCAGUGGCACGAUCCUGCCUUGCAGGGUAGCCUCCAACACCGCUGGAUGAGGACAAAGAAAAAUGUAAUGCCGGAAAUAACGUGGUCACAGAUGCGACGUUGUUUUACGCCUGGAUUUGAGACACUUCUGGACCGUGGUGUCACAUCCGGUUGGUAUGAUACCAACAACACUCUCCAAUUGAUGCUUUUUCGCUGGGUUUUUAUACCCUGGUUACAGCGGGAGUUAGACACUUACCAGGACCGAGUGAAUAACACUCGAAAACGGCGGGACCGAAACAAGAUCCUUCCCCAUGGUGCACCGGACAUCAUCUACCAAUCGCCUGAGAACUUUGGCGUCUUAGACUUUAAGAUCAAAGUCGAGCGCGAAGCGUUAGACCACGUCCGUGAUCUCUAUAUUGAUCCUUCCCAUGUCGUCUUCGACCUUGUUCCAAAGCUGUUCAGCAAGUUCAUGGAACAUUGCUAUACAGACCUUGGGCACCCAUUAGUUACAAGGCAAAGUGUUUGGGAUAUAUACCUCCGCUUACUCGCUGUAGUGCAGGUGUUAUGA